AUGGGAAUGAAGAAAGACCUGUUGCUCGUUUUAACUAUUGAAUCUGUAGUUCUGGGAGUUGUUUUGGGAUUCGUUAUCCGACCAUUCAAUCCCAGUAAUGAUACUAUCAGUCUCAUUGGAUUUCCAGGAGAGAUUUUCAUGCAAAUAGUUGAAAUGAUGAUUUUGCCUCUCAUCAUAUCAUCUGUUAUCUCAGCCUUAGCUCAAGUCAGGGCAAAGGAUGCUCGGCGUAUUGGCAUAGUUACCGUUAUCUACUAUAUGACAACAACAUUUCUGUCAACAUUCACAGGAAUAAUUUUGGUGAAAUCAAUUCAUCCCGGUGAUCCAGACAUGAUUCAUUCAUUGGGCAGUGGAACAUUAGAAAACACAGCUUUAUCCACCCUCGACACAUUUCUUGACCAAAUAAGAAACAUGUUCCCGGAAAACAUUAUUCAAGCAACUUUUCAACAAGUUCAAACCUAUUAUGUUCCAAAGAAGACGUGGCAAAUGCAGAAUGCUAACGGCACUUUGCUCAACAGCACAAUGAUUUCACAAAAGCCUCAGCUUAUGUACACGAGUGAAAUGAAUGUUCUUGGCUUAAUUGUCUUCUGCAGUGGAUUUGGUGUUAUUCUGAGUGUCUUGGGAGAUCAAGCAAGAUUAAUGAUAAAUUUCUUCAUUGUUCUUGAUGCUAUCAUCAUGAGAUGGAUUUCUGCCCUUAUGUGGUGUUAUCCUAUUGGCAUUCUAUCUCUCGUAUGCAAGAACAUUGUUGAUAUCGACAACUUAACAGAAACAGCUCAAGCUUUGGCUAUGUAUGUUGUAACUGUCAUUUGUGGAUUAAUGAUUCAUUCGCUAUUGACCCUACCUUUACUGUAUUUUAUGGUUACCAGAAAAAGUCCUUUCGCUUACAUGACUGGAAUGUUACAAGCCUUAGCUACUGCCUUUGGUACUGCUUCAAGUAGUGCAACCUUGCCUGUGACUUUCCGAGCAUUGGAAGACGUCCUAAAAAUUGAUAGGAGAGUUACUCGGUUUGUUUUACCAUUAGGAGCUACAAUCACUAUGGAUGGAACAGCCUUAUACGAAGCUGUGGCUGUUAUCUUCAUAGCCCAGUUGCAUAACAUCGAGCUUGGGUUGCUAGAUUUGUUAACUAUAAGUGUGACGACCACUGUGGCUUCUAUUGGCUCCGGUUCUGUUCCUGCAGGUCUUGACACCAUUUUGAUUGUUUUAACGACUGUAGGGUUACCAGCUAAGGAUUUGAGUCUCUUAUUAACUGUUGAUUGGCUUCUUGAUCGCAUACGUACAUCGGUCAAUGUUCUCGGAGAUGGUUUCGGAGCAGGAAUCAUUCAUCAUUUGACAAAAGAUUCUUUGGUUGAAGCUGAUACGGAAGAGCUUAUCAGGCAGAUCCGGGAAGAUAUUCAUAUAUUGAAUAGUCCUCAGGGAGGUACACCUUUUCAUGCAAAUGGAACCCGCAGCAUCAUAGAGGCAGCUCGCUUACCUAUGCAGCAGAUGAUCGACGCUGAUCCCACCGCAAUCUCAGUUCAUAGCGUUCCAGCGGUUUUAGCAGCUCAAGGAGCUACUCGACCAGGCAGAACAUCAUUUGCUCCAGGAAUAGAGGAUGAAAGGAAAAGCUUACUAGAUACCACAUUCACUGUAUGA